AUGUCUUCCUCUCUCGAACAGCUCAAGGCCACUGGCACCGUCGUCGUCUGCGACUCUGCCAUUGGCAAGUACAAGCCCCAGGAUGCCACCACCAACCCCUCCCUGAUUCUCGCCGCUUCCAAGAAGCCCGAGUACGCUGCUCUCAUCGACACUGCCGUUGCCUACGGUAAGCAGAACGGCAAGACCCUCGACGAGCAGGUUGAGGCCACCCUCGACCGUCUCCUCGUCCAGUUCGGAAAGGAGAUCCUCAACAUUAUCCCCGGCAAGGUCUCCACCGAGGUCGACGCCAAGCUGUCCUUCGACACCGAGGGUUCCGUCAAGAAGGCCCUUGAGAUCAUCGAGCUCUACAAGCAGAACGGUAUCUCCAAGGACCGCGUCCUGAUCAAGAUCGCCUCCACCUACGAGGGCAUCAAGGCCGCCCACAUCCUCCAGUCCAAGUACGACAUCAACUGCAACCUGACCCUGAUGUUCUCCCUGGUCCAGGCCAUCGCCGCCGCCGAGGCCGGCGCCUACCUGAUCUCCCCCUUCGUCGGCCGUAUCCUCGACUGGUUCAAGGCCGCCCACAAGCGCGACUACACCCCCCCAGGAGGACCCCGGUGUCCAGACAUCUACAACUACUACAAGAAGUUCGGCUACAAGACCAUCGUCAUGGGUGCCUCCUUCCGUAACGUCGGCGAGAUCACCGAGCUCGCUGGUUGCGACUACCUGACCAUCUCCCCCAACCUCCUCGAGGACCUGUACAACUCCACCGAGGCUGUGCCCCAGAAGCUCAACGCUGCCAACGCUACCAACCUCGAGAUCAAGAAGCGCGAGUACCUUAACAACGAGGCUGACUUCCGUUUCGACUUCAACGAGGAGGCUAUGGGUGUUGAGAAGCUCCGUGAGGGUAUCUCCAAGUUCGCUGCUGAUGCCGUUACCCUCAAGCAGCUCCUUGCUCAGAAGAUCCAGGCUUAG